AUGAGUUCCGACUACACAUACGACGCCGAGGGCAACCUCUGGCCUUUCUUUGCAUUCACAGUCACGACGAUCGCGACGCUCCCUCUGACCUACGUCCUGACCAACAGCUGGUUCAGCGAUCCGUCCAAACAGUUCACAAGGAUCCAGUCCGACUACAGGCCCAAACAUGCCGACCUCGUUGAUGUACAACGCUCCAGGGACCGGAAGCAGAGCCGACGCCCGGUUCUGACUCUCUUUGUGAUCCUGGGCUGGGCUAUCAUGGUGUACACGGCGUACCUGAUUUACUACGUGGAGGUGCCGGUGGAGAAGCGGAUCUGGAACCCGUAUGAUAUACUGGGCAUCUCUGAGUCCGCUACCGAGAAAGUCAUCAAGCGCACCUACAAGAAGCUGUCGCUCAAGUUCCACCCCGACAAGAUCAGGCCCGACGCAUCCAAGAACGAGACAAUCGAGUCGCUAAACGACCGCUACGUGGACAUCUCCAAGGCCUAUCAGGCGUUGACGGACGAGGAGGUGCGCAACAACUAUCUCCUCUACGGUCACCCAGACGGACGUCAGGGUACGCAGAUCGGCAUCGCCUUGCCCAAGCUCAUGAUCUCGGACGGCAACGGCAAAUAUGUCGUGCUCGUUUACUUCCUGCUGUUCGGUGUUCUGCUGCCCUACCUGGUCGGUUCGUGGUGGUACGGUACCCAGGCUCGCUCCAAGGAGGGUGUCUUGGUGGAGAGCGCCAACAGCCUGUUCAAGGAGUACAAGCAGGACGCCGACGUCGGCGGCGUCAUCACGGCGCUUAGCACUGGCAAGGAGUUCGCCGAGGUGCUCAAGGGCGACAAGGCCGAUGCGGGACUGUCGAAGCUCGAGUCGCGUAUACUAGCGCCCGGUGAGGUGCAGCCUUUCGCUGGCGGCCUCUCGGUCAAGGACAAGGAGAAGCUGGAGGACCUCGACAAUGGCGUGCGGAGGAAGACGCUCGCCCUGCUAUGGGCCUACCUCGGCCGCGUUGAGCUGGACGAUGCGACGCUGGAGAAGCAGAAGUUUGAGGUUGCUCCCAUCGCUGAGUCCCUGAUCAAGUCUUUUAACGCCAUCACAACCGCGUACCAGAUCACUGCUCCUAUCCUCGCCUCCUUCCACGCCGGCCAGCGGAUCAUCCAGGCCUUGUCUCCCCAGGCGUCUCCUCUGCUCCAGCUCCCGUACCUCACUCCGGCUAUAGCCAAGGCUAUCGAUGGUGACUCCAAGGUGCCCACCACGGUGCAGAAGCUCAUGGACCAGCCAGAUGCGCAGCGGCGAAGGCUUGCUGUCGGGAAAGAUCUCCUCACCGAGGAGCAGUACCAGGCAGCGGUCAGCGUGGCGAAGCAGCUUCCUUACUUCCGUGUCGCAAAGGCCUUCUUCAAGGUGCAGGGCGAGCGCUUCAUUAUCCCCUCGUCUCUGGUCCAGCUCGUCGUCAAAGGUCGUAUCAUCCCGCCUGGUUCUGAGAAUGUGCCCGAGGUAAAUGCGCUCGACCUCGUCGAUGUGGAUCCCGCUGAAGACGACCUGGACGCCAUCCUUGGACGCAAGACGCGGACCAUCAAGGGAGACGACGGCAAGCCGGUCACAGUCGGAGAUGAUAAGCCCAUCUUGCCUCCGCUCGCCUUCGCCCCUUACUUUGGCCGCGAGCACUCUCCUCGGUGGCACGUGUUCCUGUCCGACUCGAAGCAAGGCAAGAUGGCUGUGCCGCCAUUCACGUUUCACACAUUCGACCAGCCCAUCUUUGAGGAAGACGGCAAGACGCCCACGUACAACAUGGUCAUGUUCAAGGCACAGUUCGCCGCGCCGCCCAGCCCCGGUCACUACACCUUUGUCAUGCACGUCGUGUGCGAUAGCUAUGUUGGCUUUGAUACCAAGAUGGAGGUCACCCUGGUAGUGGAGGACGCUGCUAAAGCGGCUAAGAUGCAGGAGGAGGAUGAAAUUAGCGAGCCUGACGAGGAUUCGAUAGCCGGCAUUAUGAACGCAGCCAAGGGCAACGCACCACCACCGCCCAAGAGAAAGCAGGCUCCUGCAAAGAAAGAUGACUCGGAAGAAGAGAGCGGCACGGAGGAGGAAGAGGAUGAUACAAGCGCUACUAAUACCGACACAGAGCCGGAGGACUGA